AUGUCUACCCAAGUCUCGCAAGAAGUUGUACCCAAGACUCCUCAAGCUCGUGAUAAUGAGAUUAUUCGCCGGACAGCCAAUUAUCAUCCAAGCAUUUGGGGUGAUCAAUUCAUUUCCCAUCUCCCCAAAGACAAGGUGCAUGAAGCCAUUGAAUUGCAAGAAAUUGAAAAGCUGAGGGAACAAUUUAAGAGGGAACUCGUGGCUAGUAAUUCAUCACAAAAGCUGGAUCUUAUAGAUGCAAUCCAGCGCCUAGGUGUGGCUUACCACUUUGAAACAGAGAUAGAAGAAGAACUACAGCAUAUCUACAAUAACCGUAUUGAUAUGGAAGAUGAUGACCUUUACAACACUGCUCUUGGUUUUCGACUACUAAGACAACAUGGCUACAACGUUUCAUGUGAUAUAUUCAACAAGUUCAAAGAUGACAAAGGUUAUUUCAAGCAAUCCAAUGAUGUUCGAGGCAUCCUAGGUCUCUAUGAAGCAGCACAUCUAGCGGUGCAUGGAGAAGAUAUUCUUGAUGAGGCCCUAGCUUUCACAACCAUCCACCUCAAGUCCAUGGCAACCAGUCCAAACUGUCCACUAACAGCAAAAGUUUCUCAUGCCCUAAAGCAGCCCAUCAGAAGGGGCGUUCCAAGACUGGAGAGCAGGCGCUACAUUUCUAUCUAUCAGGACGAGCCGUCAUGUAACAAAACUUUACUAAGGCUUGCAAAGUUGAAUUUCAAUCUCGUGCAAGAAUUACAUAAAGAAGAGCUUUCAGAAAUUACAAGGUGGUGGAAGGGUUUGGACUUUGCUAGAAGGCUUCCUUUUGCAAGGGACAGGGUGGUCGAGUGUUUCUUUUGGAUAGUAGGUGUAUAUUUUGAGCCUCAGUACUCCCUCGCGAGGAAAAUACUUACCAAAGUAAUAGCCAUGACAUCGAUUAUUGAUGACAUCUAUGAUGUUUAUGGCACCCUUGAAGAGCUGGAACUUUUCGCAGAAGCAAUUGACAGGUGGGACACUAAAAGCAUGCACCAGCUUCCAGAUUACAUGAAAAUAUGUUAUGAGGCACUAUUAAAUGUUUAUAGUGAAAUUGAGGAAAAAGUGGCGAAGGAGGGAUGGUCCUACAGAGUCCACUUUGGAAAAGAAGCAAUGAAAGUUCUAGUCCGGGCCUACUUUAACGAAGCCAAAUGGUUCCAUGAAAAUCAUGUCCCAACGAUGGAAGAAUAUAUGAAGGUGGCUCUAGUAACGACUGGUUAUUCCAUGCUCACAACCGUGUCCUUCAUUGGCAUGGACGACAUGGUGACCGAGCAAGCAUUUGACUGGUUGUUCAAUCGCCCUAAAAUUGUUAGAGCCUCAGAAACAAUUUGCAGACUCGUAGAUGAUGUAAGAUCACACAAGUUUGAACAAGAGAGAGGACAUGCUGCCUCUGGAGUUGAAUGUUACAUAAAGCAAUAUGGUCUCUCGGAACAAGAAGUGUAUAAAGAGUUUCACAUGCAAGUCGUCGAUGCUUGGAAGGAUAUAAAUGAAGAUUGUCUCAAACCUACCGCUGUGCCGAUGCCUCUGAUUGAACGCAUUCUCAAUCUUACGAGAGUCAUCGAUGUCAUUUACAAGGUGGAAGAUGAGUACACCCAUGUUGGAGAAGAAAUGAAAAACAAUAUUGCGUCAUUGGUUAUAGAUUCAGUGCCUAUAUAACUGCUAGGUUGCCGAUUUCCGCUUGCUUGCGAUUACAAUGGAAACAAAUGCCGGCCCAUUAUAGCCCCCAUGCUACUGAGGAGCAAAGGAGACUUUCUAAUAGAAUAAGGAGGCUUAUUUUUUUUAUUUUGUAUUUUUUUCUAUUUUACUUUGAUAUACAGCUGGUGUGUUGUCGCAUGUAAUCAAAAAUAAAACCUAUACUGUUUAAUAAAAAUAUAAUAAUGCGAGUAUUUAUUAUUUCCAUAAA